CCCAUCCAACUUCAUCCUCAUAGUCCACAUUUCUCGUACCUCUGCUCUGCCGCCAUCGCGAUCCACUCCAGCCUCAACAUCAUGUGCCAACAGACUCCCAUUGACAAGAUCGCGAUCCCAUUCAUGAAUGACAUGGAGGGAAUCACCACGAUGCCGGUUCCCGGCCGCCGCUGCCCUGCCUGCCUCGAAAGAGGCCAGACCGUAUGGGUGAUCCCUGGCAAGUGCUGCCCGCAGUGCGGCACUCCAGUCAACUAGUCCAUCUUUUCCAGCGGCAACAGGCCUCCGGCUUCAACACUAUUCGGUAUCCAACAGCAACGAUCAUGACAUUUCGGUUGAUUGAUAUGUUCGGGAUUUUGAGGUCAGGGGAAUUUUGCUCGCAUUUUCUGGAGUUCAAUGUGGCGCGUCCACUGUGGCUGUUCGUGAUGAGGCGGUGUUUGUUGAGUAGAUGAUCAAAAGCUUUCGCUCUUUGC